UUCAAGAUUCCCUCUCAGUUUAUUGUUGAAUAAUUGGGGAAUGCUAAAUCAAUGGAAUAUGGACUUUCAGUGGGUAAAAUUCUUGAUAACUUAAUGGAAUCUUGUAGUUUAUGAAGUCACCAUCGCUGCUUGGAUUUACUGAACCCUUGCCUCUUUCUAGUAAACUGGUUGAUGGGUGACUUUUUGACAGUUUACCAGCAAUAACAUAAACAAUGCAACAGUACAAAUAGUUCAUUCAUAGUCCUGAUUUCACACAUCGAAUUUGCAUGUCCCUUUCCUGACUGUGGACUCAGUUUGUUUUAUGUCUUGUUUUCCUUCCUCUUUCUGUCUUUGGCCUUAUUAGAGAAAAUAAAAUGUUCUCAGAGAAUGAACUUAGGAACAUCAUGUUUCAAGUGUUAGCUGGCUUGGCUUUUGUACAUAAGCAUGGUAAGUAGCCUUACUCUGUCACCAUUUCCUGUGCUGAAAGUGGCAGUUGUUGAGUUUGAUUUGCUCAACAACUUGUCUUAGGCUCUUCUGUAUAUACAGUGGAACAUCCAAAGUUUAAUGUCCCAAAAGGGGUAAAAUUUUGAAUUUAACCAGUAGAUUCUGUAAAAAAAAAUGCCUGGCAUUCAAACCAUGGAAGACUUCUUCUCAGUAAGCAUUUAAAGGAUUAACCAAAGGACUAACUUCUUCAUAUUUGUUUUCUAAUGCCACCACAGAGGGAUGGUAAUGAUCAUAAAACGGAAAAGGGAUGGUAACCAGAGAACCAUAGACUACCAUUACGAGCAAUACAGACAAUUAAAAAUCAACAAUUCUCCAGGCAGAUGCUUUCUUUGGUGGCUGUUCGAACUGCCUUCAAAGUCUGCAAUUGAAAUUUCAGGAUCAUCAUAAGGAUAAUAUAAGCAGAAAUUUGGAACUUGUUGCAAAAAUUGUUAAUCCUCCUUUAUAGAUGGGGAAAUGGUAAAACUACAGCUAAAACUUUAUCGCCGUGAGAGUUGGUUUGGGUCUGUGACAUUCUGACGACAGUUUGAACCUACAAUGAAUGAGAUCAAGUAAAUUUUAUAAUGGGAAAAUUUGUUUAAAAUGUAAAACAACAUGGAAGUUAACCAAGUGUCACAUAUUAAAUUAUUUUUUACUUUAGAAGUUCCACUUUAGUAAUUAUGAAAAUGGUAUUGUAUUUUGUAAAAGCUUUGAAGCAAGAGAGAUGGACAAAAUAUACAGAAAUUUACAGUGACACUCAAAUAUUCAUCUUUUUAUAUUUGAUCAUCAGCAUCAACGUGUCACUGUUUGUCCAGGUCUCUUUUUUCAUGUAGUAUCUCCAUAACUUUCACAACCCCACAAUCUAAAAUAUUGAUUACAGGUUUCUUCCACCGAGACAUGAAGCCAGAAAACCUCUUGUGCAUGGGCCCAGAACUAGUUAAAAUAGCAGAUUUUGGACUGGCUCGGGAGAUCCGCUCCAAGCCUCCCUAUACUGAUUAUGUAUCAACAAGAUGGUGGAGACCCCAGGAACAACCCAAGACAUGGUGGAGAAACUACGUGUCUCGGCUGGCCUGGAAAUACAUUGGGAUCCCCCUGGAGGAGCUGGAUGAGGUACCGAGCGCCAGAGGUUCUGCUCAGGUCAUCUACUUACAGCUCUCCUAUUGACUUGUGGGCCAUGGGAUGCAUCAUGGCAGAGCUCUAUACACUGAGGCCUCUUUUCCCUGGGAAUAGUGAAGUGGAUGAAAUUUUUAAGAUCUGCCAAGUCCUAGGCACUGUCAAGAAGCUGGAUUGGCCAGAGGGCUACCAACUGGCUUCAGCCAUGAACUUUCGAUUUCCUCAAUGUGUGCCGACCCCACUGAAGACGCUUAUUCCCAAUGCUAGCAGAGAGGCGAUUACUCUGAUGAAGGACCUGCUGCAGUGGGAUCCCAAAAAAAGACCCACUGCUGUACAGGCCCUGCGUUACCCAUACUUCCAGGUUGGGCAGGUUUUGGGUCCUCAUCCUCAUGGCCAAGAAUCCAAGAAAGCGCAGGCCCGACAUACAAUACAGAAGCAGGUCACAGAUUCUAAUGUGGACCCCAAACAGUCCUCUUCUGAACCCAACGCCUCAAACCCAUCUUCUCAAACCAUCCAUCAGCAUCAACCUCUGCAGCCAAUUAUUCUGCCUCAAGCUGGAAGUAAACCAGGUGGCAUCGACAAAGUCAAAGAAGCAUCAGUGGGCAGUGAAAACCAAAUUCGUCUAGGGGGACCAGGCAUGGUGAAGAAUGGAAGACGCCGCUGGGGCCAGACAGCAGCAAAGACCUCAGACAGCUGGGAGGAUUCUGAUCAGUCAGACAAGUCAGACACAGCUGUUUCUCACUUGAAGAAACCUAGUUUGAGGAACUUAAAUGAGGAGAGGAACCCAAAGAAACUUUGGCCACAGGCCAGGGAGCCAAAACCUCUGUAUUCCUUCAGUACUAUUACAAAACUACCUAACAAUGUUAAAGUUGGUCCAGUGGACCCCAAUCUCUCAGGAUCUGCAGCACGCCAACAUUAUCUCAGCCAGUCGAGAUACCUGCCUGGUUUGAUUGGAAAGACUGAGGCAACAUCAGGAGAAAAACUGUUGAGUGGUUUGACGUUACGGGAUUUGUGGGAGAACUCGAACGCUGUAAACAACCCACUUGUUUCCACUGGAGCGGCAUUAUCUGUCAACAGAGCCAAACCACGGAAUUUUGUGAGCACCAAGUACAAUCUGUCCAAGCGCUACGUCCCUUCAUUACAAAAGAAAGAAGUGGGCUCCAUGGGACAGAGGAUCCAGCUUGCUCCUUUAGCCAGCCACCACACAACCAAUCCUUCUUCUUCUCCUGAAAUAAAAAAACACCAAAUAAAAUGUUCAAAGCUCAAGUGCACCUCAUCUUUGAAUGAAACUAACGAAGAUUACGAGGGAUGGAAGAGGACAGACAGAACUCAGAUGGUGAAAGGGAACAGCUACUCGGUUCUGGGGAAGACUUCUGGGAAUCUCAUCACCAGAUCUCCUGCCCUGCAGUCGGUCCAUGGCAGGGUGGACUGGAUUUCAAAGUAUGGUGGAAAUCCGUAGUUGGGUGCAGGAGGUGCUUUGUCUUUGCAAAAUCCAUUUUGAAUUGGGGCAAAAUAAGGUUCAAGUACACUUAGCGGCUGUGAUUGGCUGGCAACCAGUUCAGGGUGUACCCCACCUCCUGCCCGAUGACAGAUGGGAUUGGCUCCAGCACUCCCGCAACCCUCGUGAGGAUAAGCAGCUCAGAAAAUGAAUGGAUACACUUAGUGGACAACCCCAAUCUAACCUCUAUGAAGACUGAACAUUAUCUUUGUGUAGGCAGAUAGAUAUGCUAGUGUAUGUUGUAAAUUAUUGUCAAUCCUCAAUAGAUGUGGAACAUAGUGACAGUGAUGCUUCUGGGGGGUGCUCCAAAAUGGACCCCAAUCCGCUAUUGAUGAUAAUAAACUGACUUAAAACGUGAUGAACAACCCCCCAAACCCUUCUCCAUGUUGACAGAGGAAGUCUGCCCCCCGUGAAAAUACCCGUGGACCGAGUGAAGUCACCCCACUAAAAACAGGCUAUAACCUCCACUGCGUAAUGAACCAAAAAUACUUUUACAGGAGGUUACUGUUGCAAAAACAGUUUUACAACCUGUAGGACUUACAUGUAGCACCCAUUCGAUUGAUAUGCCAGCUUUAUUUAGCAAGAUUUUUUGUUUUUUUACUGCAUUGACAUUGCCUGUUUUCUUUAUUGCACCAG